CCCUGUGCAUUCCACAGGUUGGACUAGCAGUGCGCAUGAGUGUGUGAGAUAAAGAUUAAGGAGAGAACCCUGACCUUUUCCACACACAUUCGAGAAAGAAGCAACUCAAGUCGCACGUUAAGACUAUUCAAAGACGAUAUGGAGCUGGGCACAAUGAAUCCGGCCUUCCAGCAGGUGGAAGGCGACAAGCCAAUUGAGGGUACCACGAGUACCACCACCACCCCUGUGGAGCUAGAUGUGAAGGUGGUAGAACCCCCUGCCGAGGAGUACACGCAACUCAAGCCUUAUGCCGGCAUGCCCAAGGAGGUGCUGCUGCUUUACUCUUCGCAGGCUUGCUAUCGAGUCCCGCGUGAGAUCCUCUUCUGGCUGAUUGUGGUUUGCACGCUGUCACUGGUGGGUCUCACCAUUAGUGUGGUGGCGCUGUCACCCCGCUGCCUCAGCUGGUGGCAGUUGUCCCCCGUCUAUCAUGUGUACCCCCGCUCCUUCAGGGACUCCGACGGAGAUGGAGUAGGAGACCUCAAAGGCAUUCAAGAGAAGCUUGGGCAUUUCGAGUACCUGAACAUUAAGUCAGUGUGGGUCAAUCCUUUCUACCGCUCACCCAUGAGGGACUUGGGCUACGAUGUGGAAGAUUUCCAGGCCAUCGACCCGCUUUUCGGCACCAUGAAGGACUUUGAAGACCUCUUGGCUGAGAUGCACAAAUUAGGUUUGAAGCUAAUCAUGGACUUCAUUCCAAAUCACACGAGUGACAAGCACCGUUGGUUCAAUUUAAGUCGCACCAGAGAUCCACACUACGAAGACUACUACGUCUGGGCUGACUGUACAGCCACAGGACCCAAACCCAAUAACUGGGUGAGCGUGGCUGGGAACUCAUCAUGGACAUAUGAUGCCGUUCGAGGACAGUGUUACCUACAUCAAUUUCUCAAGGAGCAACCUGACCUCAACUUCAGAAGCCCUCAUGUCCGCCAGGAAAUGCUUGAUAUAAUUCGUUUCUGGCUGGACAAGGGAGUCGAUGGCUUCCGGAUGGAUGCGGUGAUGUACCUGCUUGAGGCCGCGCACCUGAGGGAUGAGCCUCAGGUGGACCCAAACAAGCCUCCUGAGUUGGUUACGUCCAAGUGGGACCUCCACCACGACUUUACCACCACUCAGGUGGGCCUACAUGACCUUCUGAGGGAGUGGAGGGCUCACAUGGACAUCUUCAGCCGGGAACCUGGCAGAUACAGGUUGAUGAUGACCGAGUCGUCUGACGGCCCAGAGGUGGAAAAGACCAUGAUGUACUACGGGACACGUCUGGUGAAAGAGAGCGACUUCCCCAUUAACUUCUAUCUCUUGGAUCUUCCUCACAACGCCAGUGGCUUGUGGGUUAAUCAUCUGGUGCAUCUCUGGAUGGCCAACAUGCCCACUGGGCGCUGGCCUAACUGGCAGGUUGGAAAUCACAACACGCCUCGUGUCGCCUCCCGGGCCGGUUUGCAGUACUCACGGGUCAUUAACAUGCUUCUGCUGACUCUUCCUGGUACGCCGACUACCUACUAUGGCGAGGAGAUAGGCAUGGAGAACAUCAAUGUGACAGAGAGUCAGAUUCAGGACCCGGCCGGCAGAUACGACAGGAGUGCCAGUCGAGAUCUUCAGCGUUCCCCAAUGCAGUGGAGUGCCAACUCCAAUGCAGGCUUCAACGACAAGACCAACGUGACCUGGUUGCCUGUGCACCCCAACUGGAGGAAUGUCAAUGUGGAGGUCCAGAAACAAGACAAAGGCUCGGUGUUGUCGCAGUACCGCUUCCUGAGCACGUUGCGUCAGUCUGAGCUGGCACUUCAACGGGGCUGGUUCUGUUACAUUUAUGCCGACAGCAGCAUCUUUGCUUACUUGCGAGAGUUAGACGGGCUGGACCGCGCUUUCCUCGUGGUGCUCAAUUUUGGCAACGAGUCCGCAGUUUCCGAUCUCUCGGCGGUCGUCGAGCUGCCCGAACGGCUGCGGAUUCUGAUGAGCACCAACCGGGCCAAUGACGGUAAAACGGUCAGCAAAUCUCAGAUCCCAACUGAGCCAGGAGAGGGUUUAAUGAUCGAGUUCUCUGCACAUGCUCGGUUUAACACCAACCACCCGGGGCGGUGUUACAUAUCUGAGAAGGCCUGUUAUUUGAGUGCCAUGGACAUUCUCUAUACAUGCUAACAUGUAGCUCUUGUAUUAUAUCUCAUCAGAUAUGCAUUAAUCAAAAAGAAACCGCAGUCUCAUUCUUGCUUGUCCUGUCGUCUGCUUUCAUCCAACACAACUUUUAUAUCUUCCUCCUGCGCGGAUGGCGAGGAGGGUCCAGGUCCAGCUCAUUGUAGAGAAACGCUAGCCGGAGGGCUUCCUGCGUCAGAUAGGAAAGGCGGUUUGUUGUAUUUAAAGUGGAGCAAAAAGAUUUACUCAGCCACCAAUUGUCAUCAUUUUAAGUAGACGAACUUAGCACAGAGGUCUGCAAUUUUCUUCAUAUGUACACUUCAACUGUGAGAGACAAAAUGUGAAAAAAAUUCAGGAAGACAAACUACUGUAAUUUUCUGACAAUAAGCUGGUAUUUUUUCCCCUCAUUUUGAAUCCUGCGGUUUAUAGUCCAGUGUGACUUAUUUGUUGAUUUAUUUGGGUUAACGCAUAGCAGUUUAUUUGACAGCGGUGUCAUAACACUGUCAUAAUUAAGACACUAUCAUGGGCAUUACUGAAUGCUUAUGACCGAUUUCACUCAGUCUCAUCCAGCAAAUUAUGUCACUAACUCCAUUUAUCUCCAGCUCAGAUCUUCAACAUCCAUUCAAAAGUGAGAUAAUUUGUCGGAUGACACAAAAUGGCCUCUGUCAUAAGCAUUCAUUUAUACUCAUGGCAGUGUCAUGUCAUAAUUAUGAUAGUUUUAUGACAGUCUUAUGGUGCCACUGUCAAAUAAAGUGUUACUAAAUACCAUAACUAGCAAUUAAUGAAACAACUGGAACAGUAACUGAAGAAAUAAUUAGCACAGAACACGAAUUUUGAUAAUUAAUUCCAUCCGUAGCACUGCAAUGCAUGCUAGGAGGCAUGUUGGACUACAACAGUGUUGACAGAAAGUGGCAGCAGAGGUGGCCAAAUAAAGCUUUUUAAAGCAAUGAUGGUUUAUUUGUUCUUAUCACAGUCUUAUGAUGCCGUUGUCAAAUAAAGUUAUCAGUUAAUAUAUUUUGGUGUAACUAUCACUGAAUACAGUGAGGACAGCGGCGGCUUAUAGUCCGGUGCGGCUUAUCAAUGAACAAAUUCAGUUUUCGUGUCAAAUUUGGUGGGCGCGGCUUAUAGUCAGGUGCACCUUACAGUCCGGAAAUUACGUUAAAAAUGUUAAAAUUAAAAAAAAAAAAAAAAAAAAAAAAAAAAAAAGAUAUAUCUAUACAUACACACAGUGGUACCUCUACUUAAGAACGUCACAACAUACAGAAUUUUCAGGUUAAGAAAUGCCUCAAUGGGAAAAUAUUGCCUCUAGUUACAAAAGAAAUCUCAGGAUACCAAAGGAAAAAAUGGCUGGUACUCGCAGUUCCCGAAGUUUACUGAACGUAACAUACUUAUAGCUUCUCUGCCAUUGGCUAUUGCCUAACAUCUUCCUGGCAUCCAAUUGGCUGAGAGAGACCUCUUCUGUAUGUGUAUAUCCCAGCAUCCUCUUUAUUUGCCCCCUCGUGUUCAGACAGCUUUAUGUGAGCGUAUUACCGUAAUUUCCCGAAUGUAACGCGCACUUUUUUCCCCCCAAAAUCAACUUGUAAAAUCAUGGUGCGCAUUAUACACGGGUACAGGGAUGGAAACAGAAAUAUAUAUAUAUUUAUAUAUUAGGGCUGUCAAAAUUAUCGCGUUAACGCGCGGUAAUUAUUUUUUAAAAUUAAUCACGUUAAAAUAUUUGACGCAAUUAACGCACAUGUCCCGCUCAGACAGUAUUCUGCCUUUUGGUAAGUUUUACAGCAAGGCUUUUUGUGCUGUCUAACAGCGAACUCUUGUGGUCGCUUUGCGACAUGGUUUAUUGUUUUCUUGCCAGUUCAAUAUGGCUGCACGACGUCUCGUUUCAUUGACACAGCCAUGUUGUGUUGAAGAAAAUGAAUGCGGCGAUCAGUUGCCAACCAUUACGGUACAUGACGUCACCAUUUUGUUUCGGUAAUACUUCACUCUGAUUGGUUGAAUGAUUUCGUCUGUGUUAAAUUCUGCUUUUUCACUCUUCAUAAAGCACAGAAUUUAGUUUCUUGAACUCAUUUGAGUCAACGUUUAUUGCAACUUGGCAACUCGGACCAUAACGAAAGUAAAAACACAGACUUCCUGUGUCCGUCAACUAUAUCUGUCCCUCGGGACACUCAAACCCAAAUAACAAUAGUUCCUAUUGUUAGUCUACAGCAGACAUGUCCAAAGUCCGGCCCGGGGGCCAAAUGCCGCCCGUGGUCAAAUUUCAUCCGGCCCCCAGCCUCUGUCAUGAAAUCAGUAACGUCUGGCCUGCACACACUCGUAAUAAAUUGGUCAGCAGUACUGCUACCAGCAUAUGAAGUAGCUUACACACUAAAUGCUGCUCCUCAUUUACCCACUAAAAAGCAGCAGCACUCUAAGCAACAUUACCCCAUGUGACCUUUUACUUCCAAUUUUCUAAAAUGGCCACAAUCAACAACAACAAAAAAGUUGACUGCGACAGCUGACGCUUCAAGGAGAGGUGGAAAUUGGAUUAUUUCUUCACUAAAAUGCGCAACAACUGUGUCUGCCUCAUUUGCAAACAGAAAGUCGCUGUUUUUAAAGAGUUCAAUGUGAGGCGAUAUUACCAAACAUGACACGCUGACAUGUAUGACAAGAUUACAGGAAAGAUACGCUGCGAGAAAUUGAAGCAAUUUGAAGCUAGUUUAAUUUCACAGCAGCAGUAUUUCGCAAGAGUUCCAGAGUUGAAAGAGAACGCCACAAAGGCUAGUUGCGAGAUUGUUGUAGUUAUCAAUUAAAAAAAAUAAAUAAAAUAAUAAUAAUAAAGCAAAUGUGACACACAGAAUGGCUUGCUAAAAUUUGCUUAAAUAUAUUGUUCUACGUAAAGGACGUCAGCCAAGGUCGGCCCCCCACAUUUUUACCACACCAAAUCUGGCCCUCUUUGCAAAAAGUUUGGACACCCCUGGUCUACAGCGAUGCACUCUUUCCGAUUUCCAACUUCAGUUCUCACUUUUAUUUUACCGUAUCAAUCCAUGGAAGAAACAUUUAUUCAUCAUGAUGAAACGAGCAAGUUAUACAGCAGCCUUCAAAAGAAAAGUCACAUGUGUUUUGUUUUCUCCUAGAUUCUGGUAAGUUGGAGAAGUUGUCAAAUCAUAUUAUUACCGUAAAUAUUGUCAGUUUAUGGUAAUGUUUUGAACUACCAAUGUGCUAUGCUUGUGCUGUGUUUCACCAGUCAGUAAAAUGACAUUUCUGUAUCUGUACACGAGCUGUUUUCUUGUAUUCUUCUAUUUAUUGGUGCUAAAAUUAGGGUGCGCGUUAUACACGGGUGCAAUAAUUUCCCCUAGAUUUUACAAGUAAAUUUGGGGUGCGCGUUAUACACGGGUGCGCCUCAUUCGGGAAAUUACGGUAAUUUUUAUUCUUUGUUUUUACAUGAUGCACAACUCUCAUUUUAUGUCUAUUGUGCAAUAAUCUAAUCGUAACAUGUAUUUGUUGCAUAAUUUGAUGCCUUUUUAUGCGUUAUAAAAAGGUUUAUGUCUGAAUUUUGGGGGUCUUGGAACAGAUUAGGGCAUUACCAUGGAAAACGCGUCUCUCCUUAAAGAAAUUUCAGGUUAAGAAACCACUUCCAGAACCAAUUAAUUUCGUAAGUAGAGGUACCACUGUAUACAUAAAUAUAUAUAAUUCUACUUUACCAUAAACAUCAUCACUAUUGACGUGUCACUUCGUCAUUCUUUGCGCGACGCCUUAUCAGAGGGGGCCGAGCUUCAUUUAGUAAUAGCCGAAGACUGCACACGCUCAUGUCGGAUUUAACCUUGGAUUUACUUACGAUUGGAUUCAACUACGAAAGAUGUACCGCAUACAAACAGGAAGGAUUGUCUCAGGAGUGAUUUGUUCGAGGAUUCGAGGUAAAUAUAUUUUUGUACCAUGCAUUUGUGAUUGAAACAUUUAUUCGCAGUCAUUUUCUUCUUUGUUUACACAUGAAGGCGGCUAAUUUUCGUAACUGACUAGCCUCAUAGUUUACUUUUAACCAAGAAUCGAUAAUGUUUUACGUCCAUAUGUAUAAA